AUGGAUGGAGAAAGUGUAAAGUUGAAUGUAAUGACAGAUUCUAAACAAGAUAGUAAGAUGGCUUUUUUCUCCCCUUUAAAUACUGAGAAUAUAGAUAGGAGUAAUGAAAUACGGCGUAUUCUAGUACCUGCAAAUAGGAUGACUCCACUAAAAAAUAAAUGGAUUGAUAUUAUUCGUCCAUUAGUAGAAUAUAUGGGACUACAUGUAAGAAUGAAUAUAAAAAGACAAUGUGUAGAAUUGAAAUAUGGUCCAGAUUGUACUGAUAUAGGGGCCUUACAGAAAGGUGCUGACUUUAUCAAAGCAUUUCUAUUAGGAUUUGAUUUACAGGAUGCAAUAGCUUUACUACGUAUUGAUGAUUUAUAUGUUGAAAGUUUUGAUAUUAAGGAUGUAAAAAGGCUUAAUGGUGCUCAUCUAUCAAGAUGUAUUGGUCGUAUAUCAGGUAAAGAUGGUAAAACAAAAUAUGCCAUUGAAAAUUCAACCAGAACACGUAUUGUAUUGGCAGAUCAGAAAUUACAUAUUAUGGGGGCAUAUCAAAAUAUCAAACUAGCAAGAGAUGCACUAUGUAGUUUAAUUCUUGGUACUCCCCCAGGUAAGGUGUAUAACCACUUAAAAAUAGUUGCUAAGAGAGUAAGAGAGAGAUUAUAA